AUGAGGCCGGUGUUCGUCGGGAACUUCGAGUACGAGACUCGCCAUUCGGAUUUGGAGCGAUUGUUCGGAAAGUAUGGGAGGUUGGAGCGAGUUGACAUGAAAUCUGGUUAUGCUUUUGUGUACUUUGAGGAUGAACGUGAUGCUGAAGACGCGAUCCGCAGGAUUGACAAUGCCCCUUUCGGAUAUGAGAAACGCAGGCUAUCAGUUGAAUGGGCAAAGGGUGAACGUGGCAGGCCUCGUGGUGAGGGAAAGGCAGUUUCAAAUAUGAAGCCUACUAAGACACUGUUUGUCAUUAACUUCGACCCAAACAGAACAAAAGAGCACGACAUCGAAAAGCACUUUGAACCCUAUGGUAAGGUCAUCAACGUACGCAUCAGACGGAACUUCUCAUUUAUCCAAUUUGCUACACAAGAAGAUGCAACGAAAGCCCUUGAAGCUACUCAAAGAAGCAAAAUAUUGGACAGGGUUGUUUCUGUUGAGUAUGCGUUAAAGGAUGACGAUGAAAGAGAUGAACGACAUGCCGGUGGUAGUCCGAGAAGAUCUCUUAGCCCUGCGUACUGUAGGCGUCCAAGUCCUGAUUAUGGUCGUCCCCGCAGCCCAGAGUAUGACAGAUACAAAGGUUCAGCAGCUUAUGAUCGACACAGGAGUCCAGCGGCUUAUGAUCGACGCAGGAGUCCGGCAGCUUACGAUAGACGCAGGAGUCCAGCAGCUUACGAACGACGCAGGAGUCCAGAUUACGGUAGACAAAGGAGUCCUGUUUAUGACCGAUACAGAAGGUAA